GACGUGAACGCAUUAUAAUUGGUACCACUGCCAGUGGUAUUUUUUAACAAAGUUUUACCAAAUAUUAAAUUGUGCAUAGUUUAUUUUUGCAAAUAAUUUAAUCCUUCGUUUGUUAGGAUUAUUCCGAAAAAUGAGAAAAGAAAUACUUCCAUUUUUUUUACUGAUAAUAUGGUCAACUUCUACAAAAUCGGACGUUCUAGAGACGAUAGCGCAAUGGCCUUUGCUAGAUUUUGCAUUGCCGUACGAUGCAGCCUUUUUGCAGCAAUUUCGAUCAGAAAAUGUUGUACCAACUGGAAUAGAAAUUACCUGGCGCAGAAUAUUCAUAACAACCCCUAGACUCAGAGCUGGUGUUCCAGCUGUUUUGAGUUUCAUACCUAGAAAUCUUCCUCUAGGAAGUAGUCCCCAACUUCAAGCUUAUCCAUCAUGGGAUUGGCAUGUAUCUGGAAAAGGAGAUUACAAUUGUUCAACAAUAAUUUCAGUUUACAGGACAAGGAUUGAUAGAUGUAACAGAUUAUGGGUUUUGGAUGCUGGUGUCACAACCUCAAUUGAUGAUUUUAGACCUGUUUGUCCACCUAAAAUUCUCAUUUUUGAUCUCCAAACUGACAGGCUUGUUCGAUUGAUUCAAUUCCCCAGAGAGGUUCUCCGACCACAUAGUUUGUUAACUAAUCUCAUUAUUGAUGAUGCAACAGCCACUACUUGCGAUGAUGUUUUCGUCUAUAUGACUGACACUACAGCAGCAGGUCUGCUUGUUUUGGAUGCUACUACUGAGAGAAGUUGGAGAGUCUCCCAUUCUUCCAUGUUUCCUGACCCUGAUUAUAUGACAUAUCAGAUUGGUCCAGACACUUUUGAACUUCCUGAUGGUAUAAUAGGACUGGGAUUUUCUCCAAGAUUAGGAACUGUUUAUUAUAAUCCUCUUGCUUCUGAUCGAGUAUUUAGUGUUCCAACAUCCGCUCUUCAAGCUGGUGCUCCAGCUUUUGGAGAAAAACUUCCAGUGACUUUGAUUGGCCGAAAAUCUAGUCAAGGGCCAGCUUUGACUGUUGAUCCUAGAGACGAUUCUAUUAUAUUUUCACCGCUUACAGAAACUGCAAUUGCUGCUUGGCAUCCGCAAUCAAAUAGUCAAAGGAUUCUUGCCUACAGUCCAGAGCAAUUACAAUUCGUAGCAGAACUCAAAAUGGUCGAUAGAGACAACGGAAAUAUUUGGGUUCUUUCUACAAGAUUUCAGAAAUUUUUCCUGAAACAAGUUGAUGCCCGGAAAAUUAAUAUUCGAAUUUUAAGAAUACGCCCUGAACAACUUGCACAACAGCCAUCAUUGUACCGUGGACAAGUUGACCACCCAGCUAUUUAUUAUAACAAUAAACUCGUUCACAGGAUGCAAAAGAAACUACUAUUCACACUUCCGAUCAUUCUUCUGGUCCUUUCUCUGACCAGAGUGAAUACUCAUUCAACGGAAAAUAAACUCAGAGGCGUAUACUCUUGGAAGUCACUAGAAUUUGCAUUUCCAAAUGAUCGUGCCCGGGAAAAUGCAAUUUUUUUAGGGCAGUUUAAACCCGGAAGUCCUGUGCCGAUUGACGUCGAUGUCGAUUACGGAGGUGACUUCGGCCCAGUUGUCUUCGUCGCGAUUCCCAGAUUCCAGGACGGUGUCCCGAUGACACUGGGAUACGUCACAGAUGCUGUAUCAGAGGAAAAUAAUCCUGUAGUAGCACCUUAUCCAGAUUGGGCAUGGAACACUUUAGGAAAUUGCGACGCAAUUACGAGUGUCUACAGAGUACAGAUUGAUAAUUGCAGAAGAAUAUGGGUCCUCGACACAGGAGUAUUGGGAGAGCAUAGAAUUUGCCCGCCCCAGCUUUUAGCUUUUUCUCUUGACACAAAUAAACUUUUGAACAGAUAUAAAUUUCCAAAAAACCAAUACAAAGAAGAUUCUCUAUUCGUGACACCUGUCAUUGAUGUUCGAUACAUAGAUGGAAAAUGCCGAGACACUUUUGUAUAUGUUGCUGACGUAACGUCAUUUUCUCUUCUCGUUUACGAUCAACGCCAUUGUAGAUCAUGGAAAAUUGUCAACAAAUUAUUUUACCCAUAUCCUCAUCAUGGCACAUUUAAUAUUCAAAAUGAGACAUUUGAUCUCAUGGAUGGAAUUUUGGGACUUGCACUGGGUCCUAUAAGGGCUGACGGUGACAGGAUUCUCUACUUUCAUUCUCUAGCUAGCAGAGUCGAAUCCUGGGUCCAUACUUCCAUUAUUAGAAACUACAGCUUAUUUCAUAAUAGCCCGGAAGCAGCACCAAGAGCAUUCAAAUCUUUUCAAAUGGAAAGAAGUUCUCAAUCAGCUGCGCAAGCAAUGGAUAGAAAUGGGGUACUAUUUUAUGGAUUGAUGUCAGAUUUGGCGAUUGGAUGCUGGAACAGUAAAGAUUAUUUAGAAUUUGGUGGCCUCAAUAUGGAAACAGUGGCUGUCGAUGGAGACACUUUACAGUUUCCAUCCGGUGUUAAGGUGAUAACAGCCAAAUCAGGUCGUCAGGAACUGUGGGUGUUGACAUCAUCUUUUCAAAGAUACGUGAGUGGUUCUUUGCAUCCAAAUGAAACCAAUUUUCGAAUUCAAGCGGCCUAUGUUGACGAAUUGGUUCGUGGCACCAAGUGUGACGUUACCUCUCAUGCAAUGACUGUUUCUGCUCGACCACCAUCUCUGUCUGAUGGUUAUCGACCAGUGACCUUUCCCAGAUGAAGGUUGUGGUACCGCGAGGAGCCUUUUGAGUCGAAAUUUCACCAGACAAGUACAUCAAUCUGGUACCAUCAUUUUCCCACUCACGACUUUCAUUUUGAUCACGAUGAUUUUUCACUCCCAUACUUUUAUCGUGAUCCUCCUUACUUCUCGCGGUACUUUGGUCGAACCAACUACUAUCACAACUUCUAUCAAUUUUUUCCACAUUAUUACACCUAUUACGUUGAUCAUGGAUCAGAAAAGUAAGUUAUUUAUGGGUCAUUGUUUCUCAAGUGUGCCCAAUAGGGUGGUCCAAAAAUGCAGUGUAACAUUAUUUUUCACUGUGUCCUAUUUUUUAGGAUCCAGGAGAAAAAAUUGUAUUUUUAAUUUAAUCAGUCAAUGUAAAGACCUAAUCCCGGGCUUUUGAGAUUAACCUGGAAUUUUAAAUGGGAGAAACUCAGUUUUCGCAAAAAUAAAAAAAUAAACUGAUUUUUAUUAGUGUUUCUUAAAUCGAAUUUCAUUCACCACUUAAGAAAUUUUCAAGUAUUAAUUUCCACCCCAUAACUUUUAAAUUUAACGCCCCAACCGUUUUUUAUUGUGUCCGAAAAAUACCCUGAAAACUGGGAAAUAGCAUUUUCAUGACUGACAAGUUUGCAACAAUUUUUAAACUAAUUUUAAAUUGUUUAAACAAUUUUUUAAAUUUGUAUUUUCUCUGUAUUGAGGACGUUUUGCAAUUGUUUUAACAAUUUACAUUUUUUAUAAUUUUAGUUUUCCGCCAAAUCAUCAGAUUUAGUAUUUUCUUAAACUAAUUACACAAUUAAUAGAUAAAAACAUUAAUAUUUGUUGUUUAAAUGAUUAUUAAAUAUUUAAGCAAUUUACCAUUAAUCACUUCUAACUUUUUAUUGGAAAUGUGGAAAAAAUAUAGAUUUUAAAUCUCUUACACCAUGUCGCUUAUUAGAAUGAAGUUAUUCCUCAAUUUUUUAAACAGUAGUUAUAUGUUUAAAUAAUUUUUUCUUUUUAUUAUGAAUACACAAAUUAGCUGUCUCAUUCAUAGCACUAGAAAAAAGUAACCAUUCAUAAUGUAAUGAAAAGAAUUGCUGAAGCAAAUUAUCAUUGUUUGGAAAAUUGAGGCAAUAUAACUUCUGAAAGAAACAAUAUGUUAAUAAUGACCAACACAUUGUAAGACAAUUGGAAAUAAACUGGAACUUUUUGCACCUUUAACAUCAAGUCAGAAGUGAAUAAUUAUUAAUGGUAUGAUAAACAAUUUAAUAAUAUCUUUAACAAAAACUAUUAUUCCUAAAGACCAUUAAGUGUGAAAUAUCUUUUUAAAAAGUCCUAACUUUUAUGCUUUGGUAUGAAAAACAAUUUUAAUAACUGGAAACUUAUAUGAUUAUAUACCAAAAAAAUGAAACAAAUAUAAAUUUUUCAAAUAAUUGAAAAAUAUCUUAAUAUAGAAAUAUUAUUCGAAACAUUCACUUCCCAUGUCAUUAUUACGGGAAAAUGCUAAUUUUUUAUGAUUGACAGAGAAAGUUAAAAUUUCUGAAAAAAUAAUAAUUGUUUAAAUCAUUUGAAAUUUAUUUGAAAUAGCUGGAAACUUUUCACUCUUCAAAUAAAAAAAACUGCAUUCAAAAUAUUCUUUAAAGUACGAAUUUGUAAUAAAACGGCUAUUUUACAUUUUCGAAGGAAAAUUCAUUUUAGGGAAAGUUAGUGAAAAGUUUGUUUUUAGUCAAUUUUCCUAAAAUGUUUCCUAUUCAUAGGAUUACAUAAAAUGCAUUUUUUGGCAACAUAAAAUAAGGGGGGCGUUGCUCUCUGACAAAAAAAGUUUUUUGGACCACCCUAGUACCCACUCAAAAAAUUAUAUUUGUCCUAUCUAAGUUCAACUUGGGCAAAGUAUUGUGCUAUUGGAUUAAGUUUAUGGGGAAAAUAUUUUUAUUUCAAUAGAUAUUUACUGAGGGGGUGG